AUGGGCACUGGAGAUUACAAAAACUUGUUGAAUUUUCACUUGCAUAUACAUCAUCAUCACCACCACCACCAUCACAAGAAGGAUUCGAAGGAGAUACCGAAAGGGUGUUUAGCCGUAAUUGUUGGCCAGGGAGAGGAGCAGCAGAAGGUGAUCAUUCCUGUGAUCUACAUCAACCAUCCUUUGUUCAUGCAGCUGCUGAAAGAAGCUGAAGAGGAGUAUGGGUUUGAUCAUCAAGGGCCUAUUAAUAUUCCUUGUCAUGUGGAGGAGUUCAAGAAUGUUCAAGGCUUGAUUGACAAGGAUAGUUCUCUUCAUCAUGGCUAUGGCCAUGGCCACCAGCAUCAUAAUCACCAUGUCUGGUGCUUCAAGGCUUGA